AUGGGGUUGGCAACUCCGAGCACGGUGGCUGCUCUGCUCUACUUGAGCAUGUCGUCAACCUGCCACGCAAAAAGUGCCACAGACGCUACCGAGCAUUUGGACCACGCCAUUGAUCUUGCCAAAAGCAUAGGGCUCUUUGGCAUUGCCGACGAGGGAAUGGCCGUGAGGUGGCCAGACGGAUCUUCUGACUUUCUCUGGGAGAAAUCACUAGCACAAACGGCCUGGGGUAGUUUUGUAUACAUCACACCACAUUUCCCAGCCUACAUGGGGACGACGUUCCCGCGCGUAUGCAAACUGGCCCUGAUUGCCCACGAGAUGAUUUGGAUGAACUAUGGCAAUAGUUUGCGAGUGGGGGGCCACAGCAUGGUCGCGCACAUGGAGGUGCUUUAUAGACGGUAUUUGGAAUGGGCCGACGGUUUGCCGUUGGAACUGGUACGAAGUGGAGACAGCAUCCAUCACGUUCUGCUCCUGCAUAUUUACUUCCACGCGUUUGUACUGGAUCUCUUCCGCCCUCUGAUUCAACACGGCGACGCGAUGCGAGUCCGACUCGAGUCCUUUACCUCCCAGCAGGCGUCUCCCGAGGCCGUUUGCCUCGCUUCGGCAACUCAGCUAGGUCGGAUCGCCAUUACUUAUCUCCAGAAGUGUAGUUCUGCAUCCUACAGCUUCCUCUGGAGUACUGCGCUCCUUUACUCCGCAAACGCCACCCUUCGAGAACUAGCGAACGUCACCGAAAACUCCGAGAAGCUUGCCAACUUUCGCACAUGUAUUUUGGGUUACCAAAGGCUGCAGCGCCCUUUCCGGCUUUCGCAGGGAAUUAUCCGAAGUCUACUGUCGAUGGCGUUGCGGGAAGGUCUGUUGGCGUCGUCGGAGGCCAGGGCGAUUAUCAAAGACUCGAACGAGAAGGCGAAGCACCAUCGCGUGCAAGACGAAGUGCAGGCGCCGUUUAUAGUUGAUCUCGACCUUGCGACGGUAAAUCCGGCGGCAGCGCAUGUCGACAAGCUAGCGGCCGAGUUUGAGGAGCUGGCGAUUUUCAACGAAUUUACGGUGAUUGCGUCGGGGAGGGAAGCGCCGGAAAUGCCGAGCGAGGCUAUCGGUUCCGACGCGGAAGUGUGA